CCUAUCCCAUCAAAUUCAUCAGCAGAGCUGAGAGGGAGAAAGUGAGUCAAAGGAAAGAGAGCUGUAGAGGGAGGAUGGAGCGUUUUAGAAGGUGAUAGCCUGGGAUGGAUGGCAUGCUGCUAAAGGCACUUAUACAUAACUUAGGGAAGUAAAGCAGGAGACAAGGGGAAAGCAGCAUCAAAUUAGAGAUAGGAGAUAGACAAGUCGGGAGGGGGAGAGAGUGACAUAGCGGGGACACAGAUAACUAGAGAGCUAGAAAGGGGCAGUGAGUGCAGCUGGGGAGAAAAUAAGAAAUGCAUUCAGAAGAUAAAGAGGAGUAAAGGAAAAGAAAACAUUGUUUAAAGACUUUUGCAGUAGAAGUGACAGUGACAAGAGAAACAGACUGGAGACAGCGCAGGGAGAUACCACUCACUAUUGGCCACUGGAUUUGGGUCUGGUUCGAGCACGCGUCAUGGUCCCAUUUUGGAUGAGGGUGUCCUUCAUCCUCUUACUGACUUCUGGAAGAGAAGGGAGAAUUUAUAAUGGGAGGAAGAAGCCGCCAGCACUGACAGCACAGAGACUGCGUUCUGGACCUCACGUCUGUUUCUCAGGUAUGGGUAGUGGAUGCUGCCCAGGGUGGACAGUUUCACCAGGCACUGGACUAUGCCUUCAGCCCCUGUGCUCAUAUGGAUGUGGAAGUGGGUUCUGUAUCGCCCCCAAUGUGUGCUCCUGCAGAGAUGGGCAUCAAGGUGUCACAUGUACAGAUCACUACACUGGUGAACACGAGAAAGAAUUUGAAGGUUUUUCUUUGAACUGUUUAUCUGCAAUGUGUGAUCAAGGCUGCAAAGUGAUUCACGGCAAUGCUGUGUGUAGCUGUCUGCAUGGUUACUCUCUCGGAAAGGAUGGUAAAAGUUGUUAUGAUGUAGAUGAAUGCUCCCGAUCUCAAACAUCAAGUCUUUGUCAACAGCAAUGCAAAAAUAACAUAGGAAGCUACAGAUGCCUUUGUUACUAUGGAUAUCAGAUUUCUCCCAAUGGGCGUUCAUGUCUACCAAUAAAACACCCCAACACAAUUGCUGCUUCUGCGCUUUGUGGAGAGUAUGGCUGUGAGCUAGCCUGUAACGAUGGAGGCUGUGAACAUGUUUCUCGAGUGUGUCCUGUGGGAUUCAGAAUGACAGAAACGACUAAUGGAGUAACCUGCACAGACAUCGAUGAAUGUGCAGCAUCUUCCUGUGAGGGGACGUGCCUCAAUACUGAAGGAGGCUAUAUGUGUGACUGUGGAUCCGGCCUGAAGCUUGCUGCUGACAGAAGAAGUUGUUUGGAUAUUGAUGAGUGCUCGUCCCAUAGAUCCAUUUGUACGCAGAGAUGUAAAAACUUUCAUGGGAGUUACAGGUGUUUGUGUGAUGCUGGGUUCACGCUACAGAGCAAUGGACGCACUUGUGCAGAUAUUAACGAAUGUCGACGGCCGGGAACAGCUCAUCUGUGCCAGCACUUCUGUCGCAACACACAUGGUAGCUUCUUCUGUUCAUGUCGGACUGGUUUUGCGCUUAGUGCAGACAGAGUGUCAUGUGUUGAUGUGAACGAGUGCCUGGAGAAUGCCACCUUAUGCUACUCUGGUAGUUGUAUUAAUACACUGGGAUCGUAUGUCUGCUCCUGUCCUGCCGGUUUUCUGUCAAUCAGUGGGGGUUGCUUAGCAGUUCCUCCUGAGACACAGACCGCUAGCUUCCUACAGGCAGUGCACAGCGACUGGGCACUUCUAAAGCCAACAUCGUCAAUGCCUCUAAGGCUAGGAACUCCGACCUUCAGUGCAUCUCAGACUAUGAUGCCCAUUACCAUAUUAACACAAGAAGUAUUUACGACAAAAUCUACCUCAAAACCACAAACUACAACAACAAAUCUUGAUCCUCUGCCACCACCUCAGCAUCUGAAAACGGGUCAUUUGCAAAAAUCCUCAGGGAUCUCUCACAUGCCUCUAAAAGAAAACAUAAUAAUGCCAACUGGAACUCCUACUGCGAUGGGCACAAAUGCCUCAUGUUGGCAUAACAAGGAACUGAGACUAUCAGGAAGCUCUUGGACAGAACCAGAAUGUUUAGAAUGCACUUGUCAGGAAGGGAUGGUAUCGUGUGAAAAAAGAGUGUGCAACCCAAGCUGCUCGCAUCCUGUUUUGCACCCAGACAGCUGCUGCCCAUCAUGUGAUGGGUGCUUGUUUGAAGGGACAGUGAGAGCAGAUGGAGAACUUUUUCCUAAUUCUCCAGACAAUUGUACCAUUUGUAUCUGUUUGGCUGGAAAUAUCACCUGUAUCCCCCCUGUGUGUCCUUCUCUCUCAUGCGCUGAACCCUACAUGUUGGAUUGCUGUCUGCAAUGCCCAGAUAGCUGUGAAUUCCAAGGAAGCAUUUAUCCCCACGGUGCCAAAUUUAGCCGGGAUGAAAACGGAUGCACAUCAUGCUUGUGUCAGAAUGGAGCAGUAGAAUGCUCAUUUGUCCCGUGUCCUAGUCUAGAGUGUCCUAGAGAGGACUGGGUGUUGGAGACUGGACAAUGUUGCUUCAAAUGCCAGGAUCCACUGGAGAGUACAGGAUGCCCCUUUGAUGACAAUGGAAUUGAAAUUCCAGUUGGUCAAAUAUGGUCUCCAGGAGAUCCCUGUUCAAUCUGCAUUUGCCAGGCAGACGGCUCCAUUGUGUGUAGAAAAACAGACUGUGUGGAGACCUGCCCUCACCCCAUCCCAGUGCCUGGACAGUGUUGCCCUGACUGCUCAGCAGGUUGCUCUUAUGGAAGAAAGACAUUCAAGAACAAUGAAAGCUUUCCAUCCUCUACAGACUCUUGUCUCACUUGUAUUUGCCUGAUGGGCACAGUAGCUUGUUCUCCAGUUGAAUGUGCUCCCAGCUGCACCUACCCGUUCCAUGAUGAAGGAGAUUGUUGCCCUGUGUGUCGAGACUGCACAUACGAUGGGAGGAAAGUGUUAAACAGACAGACGUUUUCCCUGGAAAGUGAGCCCUGCACACAGUGUACCUGCCAGGAUGGAGAGGUGCAGUGUGAAGCCAUCUCAUGCUCUGUUUCCUGCUCUCAUCCAUAUAUUUUUCCUGGGGAAUGCUGCACAACAUGUGAAGAGUGUACCUUUGAAGGACAUGUGCUGGAAAAUGGAAGCUCCUACAUACGGAAGGUUAACCCCUGUGUUGUGUGUCAUUGUUAUGCUGGUAAUGUACAGUGUGAACAGAGGGAAGGUCCUUGCACUCCAUGUGAGCAGAAGACUCAGGACUGCCUGAAUGAAGUCCCAGACAAUUUUUACACCAAUGCGUUCCAAACAUCUCAGCAAGAUACCGUAUUACAAGAGGCCAAUAUGCCACUAAAGCCACCAAGUUUCACUAAACCACCUGGAUCUAGCAGCCUUUCUCUAUCUCAACAACUAGUUUUAAGCAGGAACUUGGUGACUACAGUCACCUCUUCAGCUAGUCACAGUUCUGUUCCUCACACAGAAGUCCCAUAUCCCAAUGUAGCUCACGGAUUGCAGACUGCGGAUAAUAAUGCAAUUCACAACACACAAUCAGUAUCUGGUGUACAAUUUAAAAUAAAUACAGACUUUGUUCAAUAUAUAAAAGAUGAUCCAGUAUCUCAUGCUGACAUCAUAAGUACUACUCAGUCUAAAGACAAUGUCUAUGUGUCUGUUUCUACCUCAACUACAUUUCCUAAUCAAGCUGUCCCACACAGUAGUGCCACCAGUCAUACUUUGCCUACAACUAGGCACUCUACAUCAACAAUAGCUUAUGACAUUGUAUCUUACACUAAUGUGCCCCCUAGUAUUCUGUCUAUGUCAUCUUCUAGCAUCACUGAAGCAUCUUUCUCACCAGGAACAUCCACUAGCUCAAUUCACCCCCCAGAAAAUGGUUCUGUGGCUUCUCCCAAACCCACAAUACUUUCAGGAACUACUGUCAAAGACAAAAAGUUCCCCAUGUCUUAUCAUGACCUUGGAAAGCUAUCGCCUUGGGGGAAAAACACUUAUACAGCUUUAAUGACUACAAAAGCCCCAGGCGGUGCUGUCUCACCAUCAAGACCUUCUGGUCAUUUCCACCAUAUGGAAGAUACCUCAAAACAUACAUUACCAAAACUGGAAAACACUGAGAUGAAGCAUUAUGACUCUGUAAACUCAAAAGAAUGCUCCCUAAAUGGCCGCAGCUAUACCAAUGGAUCCAUCUACAUUUCUGAUGUGGACCACUGCCUGCAGUGUGAAUGUUUGAAAGAAGAGAUCUACUGUAGACCAGAUACACAUUUCCCCACUGGGCUGUGCUGUCGUGGCUGUUAUACUUUUCCGUUAGAGUCCUGUUCUGGAGAGAACAACCAGAUACACUCAGAGUGGCGUGAAGGCCGCAAGUUCUGCAAGUGUCAGAAUGUAAUACUGCAAUGCCGCACCUGCUCCUACAGAUAUGGGUGUAGCACAGAGGGCACCUCGCAGAGUUCAGAGUCAGAGCAAAGUACAAAGAGCAAGAUUAAUUGGGUUGCACUAGUUAUUGAAGAUGAGCUGAAUCUUGGGGAUGAGAAUUCCAAACCUUGACUACAUAUGUCAUCAUGGUCCAAAUCACUGGGAUGAAAGAUGCAGAACUGUUACCAUCUUCUAAUGUUGAUGCUUCUUCAGCACUCAGAAGCUACACUACAGAUACUGAAAGGUGUUACAGGAACCUUGGUACAGUUCAUUGCUGAGUAUCCAUUCCUCAUCAAAGCAUUGUCAUCAUCAUCAAUAAAUCUGCUACCCUGGAAACAGCUGAAAUCUGAAAGCUGUCCACUGGAAAACAUCAUAACAUUUUGUGAGUCACUCUUCGACUUCAUGUAACAGAUUAGGGAGAUAAUCUGGGAGAAGACAAUUCUCAUGGCUGUACUACCGAGAAGUCCACCAUCACCAACCAAAGGUAGUAAAAAGUUUUCCUGGUAAAACUGCAUCCUGAUUCUGCUGACCAGGGAUAUCACCAGAAGCCAAAGCUAAGUCAGAACAAGAGAUGCCUACACAACAGUGCUGUCACAUCCAUCCUCUAAGGUUCAGCAAUAAUACUGCAUACUAGGAGAAUUUCUGCAGGAGUCCAUGAUGUCUUCAGCAAGAUGUGUAACAAUAUAAAUAUCAUGGGAUAAGCCAUACAAUAUGAUCCAUUCAUAUAAUGCUCCAUUCCUGUGGACACAGUGAGACAGUGAACCUGUUUAAGUGUUGCAAUGUCACAUUCGCUACUAGAAGAGUUCUUGGGUGCAAUAUGACAGUGGUACUUAUAAAAUACCACUGUUUUGAAUAUUUGGAAAUCGUUGUAACAUUAAUUAAGGCAAUCAAACUGGCGGGACUAGCAUUUAAAUACUAAUCACUGAAAAGUUUAAUAAAACAAAUAUUUUAUUCA